AUGUAUGGUCUUUACUAUGAUGUCAAAGUUGACUACGCAUCUAUUCCUUGGGAGGAAUUCCUCACUUAUAUACCUGCUUCAAAGAAGAAUUUCAAGAUUUAUCAUCCUCGUUGGUGGAAACACUUGGACCACGCAUCAAAGAAAUUGGUGAAGAAUAUAAAAAAAUCAAAGCCAGAUCCACCAACUCCUAUUUGUUCUCAAGAAGCAUCUGACGAUGACAAUGGAGGAGAUUUAGAUGAGAACACGACCUCUCCUAAAUCUGGUACAACGACUAAGCCAUUCACUUUCAUUUAUUCAUUGUUCGGAACUCCAUCUGAGUACGUCCAAUCUUCAUCUCCAGCUCCAGAUUCACCGACAUCCAAUCAGCCGGACCAACCCGGUCCAAGUACUCGUACUACCAUGGUUGAUUCCUUUUCAGACCAUGAUGAUGACCAAGAAGGAUUGAUCGUUGAUUAUGAACCAACCAAUAUGUUGACAUUUCUAUACUCCAAAGUAUCUUCAAGAUUCUUCGACAUAUAUCUUGAUGACUACUCUCCUUUCCCACACAAAGAGUAUCAAGAAAAUGAUGACACUCAAGAAGAAAAUAUCUCUUCACCUCAACCAAAGACCAGUGAUGCAGAAAACAUUAGAAAUGAUACAGAUGAAGCACCUAUUCCUACUUCUCGAACUUCAUCUAGACCUGAUCCUUAA